GAUUUUCGCGCACCUAGAUGGGCUUUUUGUUGUUAUUUUGUUGGCACUUGAUUUGAUUUUCUAUCUUGUGCGCUAUGAUAUAGCAGUUUAUGUCCAUAAAGUAACACCUUGUGAUGGCGCGCAAUGUGCUAGAGAGUAGCCUGUUGGGCGCUGGUUUCAGUAUCAUCUUUCAGAUACUGUGCCGCAUCCUAACGUUCGGCAUAAAUGCCUACAUUGUGCGCAAUGUAGGUCGCGAAGUGCUGGGCAUUAUGAAUGUACGCCUGCUGCUGCUCGAGAGCACGUUACUCUUCUUGUCGCGCGAGGCCAUCAACCGGGCGGCACUGAGUGCCAACUCUCAGCAGCGCGACAAGUGUUCUUGGGCGCAGUUAAUCAAUCAGAUGUGGCUUACAGUCCCCAUUUGCGCAGCUCUGUGCGCGCCGUGCCUCUAUAUCUGGCUGCACUGGCUCUCAGCGGUGGAUGCACCAUUCAGCGCACAAUACGAGUUCGCCUGCUACGCGGUGGCGCUAUCCUGCGUCCUCGAGCUAGUGGCCGAGUCGACGGUUUUUGUGGCCCAGGUCUUUUGCUUUGUCAAGCUGAAGAUUGUUGUUAACACGCUGCACAUACUGGUGCGUUCGGCUAUAUUUCUGUGGAUUGUCAUCGAUGACCGCAGCGCGGCUAUUAGCGCCUUUGCCAUAGCCCAACUGGCCAGCGCCACGACGAUUGUUCUAGGUCAGUUCGGAUUCUUUCUGUUCUAUAUUAAGAGCUUCAACGAAUUCAAGCUACACCAGCAGCAAGUACGCAAGAGUAAGGCGGUAAACGUUCUCAACUCCUGGCAGCGCUCACUUUUCGACCACAUGGAGGACUUUCCAUUCACAAAACUAUCGCAGCUGCUGCCGGGUGUAUUGAGCUCCUCAAAUGGAGGCGACCUUUUCAACAGAGAGCUACAAACGCUGACUCUCAGCUUUGUCAAGCAGGGCGUGCUCAAGCAGAUCCUAACCGAGGGCGAGAAGUAUGUUAUGUCCGUUUCGCCAGUGCUCAGUUUUGGCGAGCAGGCCACCUAUGAUGUGGUGAACAAUCUGGGCAGCAUGGCGGCUCGCUUUAUAUUCCGCCCAAUUGAGGACAGCGCCUAUUUCUACUUUACGCAAACCAUCGCACGUGACACACGUUUGGCCAAGCAGCCGCCGGAGCGCGUGCGUCAGGCGAGCAGUGUCUUGAACAAUCUGCUGCUGGGCGUCAGCUCCAUUGGCCUGCUGGUGUUCACCUUUGGCCAAAACUAUUCGCAUACAUUGCUGCUGCUGUACGGCGGCGAGGAUUUCGUUGCCGGCGGACUGCCCCAGCGUUUACUGCAGUGGCACUGCCUGGCCAUCUAUCUGCUGUCCGUGAAUGGCAUCAGCGAGGGCUACAUGUUUGCGACCAACACCAGUCGCGACAUUGAUAAGUACAAUUAUCUGAUGGCAAUCUUUUCAAUAAGUUUCCUCAUCUUGUCGUACAUUCUGACGGGCAUUUUCGGACCGGUCGGCUUCAUCUUUGCCAACUGCAUCAAUAUGCUGGGUCGCAUCCUCUACAGCACCAGGUACAUCUGGCACCAGUAUCAGCCACUGGGCCUAAAUCCUCUGCAAGGACUGUGGCCUGGCAAGCUAUUUGGUGGCACGCUGCUGCUGGCCGGCCUGAUUUGCUACAUGUAUCGGGAUGCGGUAUUCGGAACGCACAUGGGCGUUGGCUUGGCCGCAGGCAUUCUGUGCCUGCUAGCCUGGGCUCUGGCACACCGGGAACUGAUGCAUUUGGCCUGGAAGUACGGUCGUCGCAUCAAGAUCGAAUGAAGCCAAAGCUAAAUUAGUUUCUUUUCCUCUGUUGCUGAUGUUACUUGAGCUCUUCUUCCUGACCUGGGGCACUCCUUCGCUUCCAGUGACCACAAAUCGCACAUCAUGUUGGACAUACCGUCUAUUUAUACAUAUAUAUAUAUAUCUAGUUGAAAAUAAAUUAAAUUCUAGUUAAGUUAUUGUACGUUUAAAAUCAUUGAAUUGCCUUAUUAUAAUGCUUUUCGCAACAAAUUGUUAAAGACGCACAAAAGACAUCGAAAU